UGGCAACGAGUCAAGAUCGAGUGAGAGAAGUGAUCAAAAAAUGGCAUCCGCGCCGAUGUCGCACAAUGAGGUUUCCCAGGAAUUUUCUGUCAACAAACUUAUUCGUGUCGGUUAUUACGAGCUGGAAAAAACUAUUGGUAAAGGAAAUUUUGCCGUAGUAAAAAUGGCCACCCACGUCGUAACAAAAUCUAAGGUUGCUAUAAAGAUAAUAGAUAAAACUAAACUAAAUGAGGAAAAUUUAGCAAAAAUUUUUCGUGAAGUACAUAUAAUGAAAAGAUUACGACAUCCACAUAUUAUAAGACUGUACCAAGUAAUGGAAACAGAGAAAAUGAUAUAUUUAGUGACAGAAUAUGCUCCUGGUGGUGAAAUAUUUGAUCAUCUUGUUCGAAAUGGUAGAAUGGCAGAACCAGAGGCACGAAGAGUUUUCCAACAGAUUGUACUUGCCGUUCAUUAUCUGCAUCAACAAAGAGUAGUUCAUCGAGAUCUUAAGGCUGAAAAUUUGUUACUUGAUGCAGACAAUAAUAUAAAAAUUGCUGAUUUUGGCUUUAGUAAUGAAUAUACACCUGGUGUUCCACUUAGUACAUGGUGUGGUUCACCACCAUACGCUGCACCUGAAAUUUUUGAAGGAAAACAUUAUGAUGGUCCAAGAGCUGAUGUCUGGCUUAAAAUUGGUGAGGGUCGGUUCCUUUGUUAGUAGCACCAGAGAGGCCCGAGUUGCUCGUAGAACGACUCAAAUUGCUCAAAAUGAAUUCCAUGAGGAAGCUGAAGGAUUGUUGUAUGUCCCUGGAAUAACAGAUUAGCCUCCGAGCACUGUAAGUACUCAAGAAUUAAAUCGAAAACUUUAAACGCGU